GCCAUUCCAUCACUCCAACUUGCGCUUCGUCUCUCACUCCCACUCUUCAAAACCGGCAGGAAACUUGAAAGAUCACAAUGGCGCGCCCUGCCGUCCUGUGUGCUGCGCUCAUCUGCCUCUUGGCGACGCAUUCCCUCGCGCAGUCACCCGCAGCCGCUCCGGCCAACGCGCCGCCCAAAUCUCCACAGGCCGCGACGCCCACCGCCACUCCUGCCCAAGCCAAAUCCCCCGCUGCUGCUACCGCGCCGCCCACCACCCCAGCCACGCCUGCCGACGCCACAUCCCCCGCUGCUGCCGCCGCGCCGCCCACCACGCCUGCCAAAGCCACAUCCCCCGCCGCUUCCGCCGCGCCGACCACCACGCCUACCAAAGCCACAUCCCCCGCUGCCGCACCCCCCACCACCCCAGCCACGCCUGCCAAAGCCACAUCCCCCGCCGCCGCGCCACCAACCACCACGCCUGCAAAAGCCACAUCCCCCGCCGCCGCGCCGCCCACCACCCAAGCCCCGCCUGCCGACGCCACAUCUCCCGCCGCUGCUGCCGCACCACCCACCACCCCGGCCACCCCUGCGCCCAAGUCCUCCCCGGUCACCCCUACACCCAAGCCUUCCCCUACCACCCCGGCACCCAAGCCCGCGCCAGUCACCGCUGCCCCUGUAGCCGCGCCUACCACCACCCCCGUCACGCCGGCGCCAGUCAAGGCCCCGGCCGCAGCUCCUCCCAUGCCCAAAGCCAAGGCCCCCGCGGCGGCACCGCCUGCCAAGGCCACCGCGCCUGCCCCGGCGGCACUCCCUCCCACCGUGGAGGCACCGGCUGCUCUCCCUCCCACCGUGGAGGCACCAGCGGCACUCCCACCCACCGUAGAGGCACCGACGGCGCUCCCACCCACCGUAGAGGCACCGACGGCCGCCUCCCCCGCGCCCGUCGUUGCCGACGUGCCAGCCGCAGCGCCGGCCCCGGACACGAAGCCCACCAAGGCCCCCGCCCCGGCGCCCGCCAAGUCCAAGAAGCGCUCGUCCAAGGACAAGAAGAAGAAGGCUGCCGCCCCUGCUCCGGCCGCCGUCGCCCCCGUCGCCAAGACCGCAUCACCCGCCAUCUCUGACGCCGAGGCUCCCGGGCCCAGCGGAGACUCCACCGCCUCCGACACCGCGAAUGCCGCGGGAAGAAGUGCCGAGAGGAUGGCGGGCGUGAUCCUAGCGGCGCUUGCGGCGGUGGCGAUGCUCGCCGCCUAGAGUCCGAGACUCGGUGCGAUCCCAAGCGAUUGAUGCUAGUGGCCAUGUCACACUGGCCGUGCAUGCCUCCGUUUUCCCUUUUCGUUUGUGUAUGUAUGUAAUUUUACAAGGGCCGGACUCGAUCUUCGGCCUUUUCCUGUAUGCACUAGAUCUCACAUUAUGCGGAUUGUUUUAUUUGCCUUCAGAGAGAGGUCAGAGAAGAUACGGGUGACAGAGAGGGAGUGGGGACAUUGCCUGUGUAUUGUUAAAUUUAUUCAUAUUUAUAUAAACGUUAUUUAUUCCAUUUUA